AUGGUCACUCGGGAUCGAGCUGAGAAUAGGGACGGCCCCAAGAUGCUGAAACCAUUGGUGGAGAAGCGGCGCCGGGACCGCAUCAACCGCAGCCUGGAAGAGCUGCGGCUUCUACUGCUGGAGAGAACCAGGGACCAGAACCUCCGGAACCCGAAGCUGGAGAAAGCGGAGAUUCUGGAGUUCGCCGUGGGCUACUUGAGGGAGCGAAGCCGGGUGGAGCCCCCGGCGCCGGCUGCACCAGGGGCUCCCCGGUCCCCAGGCCAGGACGCCGAGGCGCUCGCCAGCUGCUACUUGUCCGGUUUCCGCGAGUGCCUGCUUCGCUUGGCGGCCUUUGCGCACGACGCCAGCCCGGCCGCCCGCUCCCAGCUUUUCUCCGCGCUGCACGGCUACCGGCGUCCCAAACCGCCCAGGCCAGAGGCCGUAGAUCCAGGGCUCCCAGCGCCGCGCCCACCGCUGGACCCUGCUGCACCCAUCCUUGCCCCCGCGCUGCACCAGCGCCCCCAAGUGCACCAGGGCGCCCCUAGUCCCCGCUGCGCUUGGUCCCCAUCCCACUGCUCCCCUCGCGCCCGGGAUUCCGGCGCGCCGGCGCCCCUCACCGGACUGCUGCCGCCUCCGCCGCCUUACAGACAAGACGGGGCGCCCAAGGCCCCGCCACUCCCACCGCCCUCCUUUUGGAGACCUUGGCCCUGA